UAGAUCUGUGUUGUAACGGUCGGUGGCCGUAGUUUCUUUCCGGGACUGCGAGCGAGCACGUGCCGUCUCGAUUUCUCGUUUCGCCGGCGCGUCCCGCGACAAACGAUUCGCGUCGACGGACGCUGAUCCCCGUGAAAAUUGACGGCAGCGAGGUACGUGGAUCGUUUCACCGAACGCUUCUCCCGGAAUUACCCGGGCAUGGAGUCCGGCGACAAGGAGGCGCACCGGCCGAAUGAGAAAAUGUCUUGGUUCAACAAAGGCGCUUGUUGCGCUUACGUGAAACGGAGGUUGCCGGUUCUGUCGUGGUCGACGGCUUAUAAGCUCGCAUGGCUGCCCCAAGACGUGCUCGCUGGCUUCACGGUCGGACUGACCGCCAUUCCUCAAGGGAUCGCUUACGGUAUCGUCGCUGGACUGAAUCCCGAGUAUGGACUCUACUCGUCGUUCAUGGCAUCUUUCAUUUACAUCGUCGUUGGAUCAUGCGAGAGCAUCACCAUAGGACCAACAGCCAUCAUGGCGACAAUGGUGCAGAGCAUGGUAGCUAACUAUGGGGCUGACAUUGCAGUGCUGAUGACGUUCUUGAAAGGAUGCAUCAUUACUGUUCUUGGGCUGCUUCACCUAGGUUUCCUGCUGGAUUUCAUCUCUUUGCCAGUAAUAACAGGCUUCACUGCUGCCGCGGCCAUUAACAUAGCUGCUUCACAAUUCAAAUCGUUGUUAGGAAUACCCGGUAGAUCUGAAGAUUUACUGGAUUCCCUGAUUUCGGUAUUCUCUAACUUGGAGAAGAUCAGAUAUCAGGACACAUUACUGGGCAUCGUUACUAUUGCAAUCUUGGUUCUGCUAAAGAAUUUGCCUGGACGACGUACCGGCUCAUGGCCUCAAAAGCUUGCAUGGAUCGUUACAUUAGCGCGUAACGCUUUAGUAGUCGUCGCAGGGACUGUGAUGGCGUAUAUAUUUUUCGUCAACCACCAAGAACCAUUUAAGCUGACUGGGACGAUGGGAGAAGGUCUGCCACCGUUCGCGCCACCACCUUUCACGAUCAGUGCCAAUAAUCGCACAUACAAUUUCUUGGAGACAGUUUCUUCAAUGGGGACCACGAUUUUCACACUUCCGGUGGUUUCUACGAUCGAACACAUGGCUAUAGCGAAAGCUUUUGCGAUGGGAAAAUCUUUGGACGCGACGCAGGAGAUGUUCGCUUUGGGUGUGUGCAACGUGUUUGGCUCGUUCGUGCGAUCGAUGCCGAUUACGGGCUCUUUCACCAGGACCGCCGUCAAUCACGCGUCCGGCGUGAAAACAACUUUCGGCGGUUUGUUCACAGGUUGUCUCGUGAUGCUCGCGGCCGGUCUGUUGACCUCCACAUUCCGUUUCAUACCGAAAGCCACCCUAGCAGGCGUUAUUAUAUGCGCCAUGUACUACAUGCUCGACUUCAAGACGUACGCCAUGCUGUGGCGGGCGAAGAAGAUAGACUUUCUCCUAAUGCUGAUCACCUUUCUGUUCUGCGUGUUCCUCAAGCUGGAAUGGGGCAUAAUCAUCGGUAUAAUCGUGAACAUAGCAAUGUUGCUCUACUUUUCGGCCAGACCGUCCGUUCACACCGAGAUCCGCCAGGUCGACGGAGCUGAGACGGUAAUAUGCGUCACGCCGGAAGAAGCUGUUACGUUCCCGGCUGCAGAGAACUUCCGAACCGCUAUAAUGGAGUUAUCCGAGAAGAACCCGUGUAACGUCCUAUUGGACUGCAGAAACUUGAAGAGGAUCGAUGUCACGGUCGCAAAGAACUUGAAGUUGCUGGCGAACGAUCUGCACCUCCGCGGCCAGAGCCUGACUUGUAUUAACUGCCAAGAUGGUGUCCUAGCGGUGCUCAGAACGAUCGCACCCGAUCUCUGCGGCAGCGACACGUGGGAACGAUAAAACGAUGGAAAUGACACGUUUUAGGUGUUUUGUUCCCAUUUGAAUGAAAGUUAAUCCUCUAUAGGUUCGUGUGACUUUGAAGUCGCAUACCAAUAUAAAUAUUGUUGAUUUAUUUCAUUUUGCAUAGCAAAGUGGCGAAUAAAAUGAAGUAAUUAAUUAACUUAAACUUUUAUACGCUCAGGCCUGAAAGUUCAACGUC